GUCCAGAACGAGUCGGAUAUCAAUGGGCUUCUCAUCGAAGCCUAUCACGCAAUGCUGGAUCGAAACGACGAGAAGCGGGCCUGGCAGUAUGUGUACCAGGCUCUACUGUUAGAGUACUGUUAUAUACUCGGGCGCGACGGUGUUGUGGUCUUCUUCAAAUGUAUGACAACGCCGGGCCACCGGGCACAGGAGGACUUUCAGAAAGACAUCGCUAAGAGGUUCUACAAAAUCCGUUCUAUGGCAAGGCGGGACUCCAAGCAAAAGGUUGUUGAUGUUGAGCAGGUUCAAUUGUAUCCAGUAAGCGAGGACAGUUCGAUUCGGAUCCGGGUUCCACCGACCGGGAGCCAGGACGAGAAGGAGAAAAGAGGAAGGGAGAUCUUUGAGCAAUUCUCUCCCGAGAUGAGAGCAGCGUUAGAGAGUGCCUCCUUGGAGGAGGUCAAUAAAGUUUUGGCUGAAAUGGCGGUUCCUGAAGCCGAGAAAAUGGUCAGCUUUCUUGAUGAGCGUGGCAUAAGGCUAGCUGUCUGGAUAUCGAAGAGGGAAUCAUCGAUGCCACAACGGAAGAGGGAAAGAGGCAUUUAGACGAGGCGGAGGAGACCACUGUUGAGUAGCACGGAUGGAGGUCGCUGAUGAGUCC